CUUUAGGGAAGGAAGCAAGCGAGGUAGGACUCUGUGUGUUACAGCCAGUGUGGGUAACUAAGGACUGAGGGAGGUGUGGGCACUUGCAUAGCUAGUGCCGCCAACCAUAGGAGCGUUGACACUAAACGGCACUUCUCUAUUAAGUUGCCCUGCUGUCUUCUAACGAGUCAUUUUGAAAAACGGUUGUCCGUUUUUCAACUACUUGGGUGAGGGCAGCUUCAUGAAAAAAGCUCAUCGUAUGUUAAAGAAGGUAGGGUUUCAAUUGUGAGCUAUAAAGCCACCAGAGGAGAUUUCUCCUAUAGAAGGAAGGUGUGUUUCCUGCUUGGACACCUGAAUUUGCAACCCAUCCUUUCUUUUUUCCUUUUUCCUUUUUUUUUUUUUUUUUUUUUUUUUGCAACCCAUCCGUUCUAUCUUUGUAGCAUCAGCUCCUACCAUAGUGCCUGUCACGGAGCAGCUAAUCGACACAGUGACGCGUGUAAGUUAUUUGAAGCCACUUCCUGCGCAGUGGAACGUCCCCUCCAAGUCUCCCGGCACCGCUGGGUGUAGUCCCAAUUAAAACACUAGGUUUCAACAACACAAGGAGGGUCCGCAGGGUCCCCGGACUACCCACCAAGGGUCGGCUCUGCUUUGAAACGCAGCUGCAGGAGGCCGAGGAGCGCCGCGAUGCCCCAGUUAUCCAGGCCAUUCCUCCCCUGGCCGAAGCUGGCGGGCUGCGUGCACCUAACCUUGCGCUAGGCACUGGCUGCGGUUAAUCCAGCCCGCGCUCGGUCCUCCGCGAUCCCAGCCUCCCUUGCGCCAAGGACACGUCCGGCGGCUUCGCGGGGCCUGUCUACGCCACCGCGGCGCUUUUCUAUGAUCCGCUGCCGCUUUCCGAGCGAGUGUCAUGGCGGCCGGCGUCGAGUUGGCAGGAGUAACCCACGGAACUGAGGAAAGUCAUUAGAGCUGAGAAAGAAGUGGCCCAAUCUGGACGGUGGGAAUUCGUGGGAAUGAGCAGAAGGCCCUCCGUGGGUGAUUGUGUCACUAGAGGCGGGCCCCUGGUAAAAUUCCAGGCCAGGCCUCUGCGUUUCUAGGCAGAACCUGGAGUCGGCCUUGCCUGAGAACCCAGCUUUGUGUUAUCGUAUCCUGUCUCGCGAAGGCAGGCGUUCAAGGAUAUUUGGUCGGAUCGCCCGGCGGCGCUAAACGUUUUCUUUUUUCCGAGCGGACCAGGUCAUUCUCUAAACUCGCCGCGAUGUCGUCCUGGCUUGGGGGCCUCGGCUCUGGAUUGGGCCAGUCUCUGGGUCAAGUCGGGGGCAGCCUGGCUUCCCUCACUGGCCAGAUAUCAAACUUUACAAAGGAUAUGCUGAUGGAGGGCACGGAGGAAGUGGAAGCAGAAUUACCUGAUUCUAGGACAAAGGAAAUUGAAGCCAUUCAUGCAAUCUUGAGAUCAGAGAAUGAAAGGCUUAAGAAACUUUGUACUGAUCUAGAAGAGAAACAUGAAGCAUCAGAGAUUCAAAUAAAGCAGCAAUCUACAAGUUACCGAAAUCAACUUCAACAAAAAGAGGUAGAAAUCAGCCAUCUUAAAGCCAGACAGAUUGCACUCCAGGAUCAGUUGCUGAAACUGCAGUCAGCUGCUCAGUCAGUACCUUCAGGAGCUGGAGUACCAGCAACCACUGCAUCAUCUUCAUUCGCUUAUGGGAUUAGUCAUCAUCCUUCAGCUUUCCAUGACGAUGACAUGGACUUUGGUGAUAUAAUUUCAUCCCAACAAGAAAUAAACCGACUCUCAAAUGAAGUUUCAAGACUUGAGUCUGAAGUUGGCCAUUGGAGGCAUAUUGCUCAGACUUCCAAAGCACAAGGAACAGAUAACUCUGAUCAAAGUGAAAUAUGUAAACUACAAAAUAUCAUUAAGGAACUAAAACAGAACCGAAGUCAGGAAAUUGAUGACCAUCAACAUGAAAUGUCAGUACUGCAGAAUGCACACCAACAGAAAUUGACAGAAAUAAGUCGACGACAUCGAGAAGAAUUAAGUGACUAUGAAGAACGAAUUGAAGAACUUGAAAAUCUGUUACAACAAGGUGGCUCUGGAGUUAUAGAAACUGAUCUCUCUAAAAUCUAUGAGAUGCAAAAAACUAUUCAAGUUCUACAAAUAGAAAAAGUGGAGUCUACCAAAAAAAUGGAACAACUUGAGGAUAAAAUAAAAGAUGUAAAUAAAAAAUUAUCUUCUGCAGAAAAUGACAGAGAUAUUUUGAGGAGAGAACAAGAACAGCUAAAUGUGGAAAAGAGACAAAUAAUGGAAGAAUGUGAAAACUUGAAAUUGGAAUGUAGUAAAUUGCAGCCUUCUGCUGUGAAGCAAAGUGAUACUAUGACAGAAAAGGAAAGAAUUCUUGCCCAGAGUGCAUCAGUGGAAGAAGUGUUCAGACUACAACAAGCACUGUCUGAUGCCGAAAAUGAAAUAAUGAGAUUGAGUAGUUUAAACCAGGAUAACAGUCUUGCUGAAGACAAUCUGAAACUUAAAAUGCGUAUCGAAGUUUUAGAAAAAGAGAAGUCAUUACUGAGUCAAGAAAAGGAAGAACUUCAGAUGUCACUUUUAAAAUUGAACAAUGAAUAUGAAGUAAUUAAAAGUACAGCUACAAGAGACAUAAGUUUGGAUUCAGAAUUACAUGACUUAAGACUUAAUUUGGAGGCAAAGGAACAAGAACUCAAUCAGAGUAUUAGUGAAAAGGAAACACUGAUAGCUGAGAUAGAAGAAUUGGACAGACAGAAUCAAGAAGCUACAAAGCACAUGAUUUUGAUAAAAGAUCAGCUAUCAAAACAACAAAAUGAAGGAGAUAGCAUCAUCAGUAAACUGAAACAAGAUGUAAAUGAUGAAAAAAAGAGAGUUCAUCAACUUGAAGAUGAUAAAAUGGACAUUACUAAAGAGUUAGAUGUACAGAAAGAAAAGCUAAUUCAAAGUGAAGUGGCCCUAAAUGAUUUACAUUUAACCAAGCAGAAACUUGAGGACAAAGUAGAAAAUUUAGUAGAUCAGCUAAAUAAAUCACAAGAAAGUAAUGUAAGCAUCCAGAAGGAGAAUUUACAACUUAAGGAGCGUAUUAGACAAAAUGAGGAGGAGCUUUCUAGAAUAAGGAAUGAGUUAAUGCAGUCUCUAAAUCAAGACUCUAAUAGUAAUUUUAAGGAUACCUUACUUAAAGAAAGAGAAGCUGAAGUUAGAAACUUAAAGCAAAAUCUUUCAGAAUUAGAACAGCUCAAUGAAAAUUUAAAGAAAGUUGCUUUUGAUGUCAAAAUGGAAAAUGAAAAGUUAGUUUUAGCAUGUGAAGAUGUGAGGCAUCAGUUAGAAGAAUCUCUUGCUGGUAACAAUCAGCUUUCUCUGGAAAAAAACACUAUUGUGGAGACUCUAAAAAUGGAAAAAGGAGAGAUAGAGGCAGAAUUGUGUUGGGCUAAAAAGAGGCUGUUGGAAGAAGCAAACAAGUAUGAGAAAACCAUUGAAGAACUGUCAAAUGCACGUAAUUUGAAUACCUCUGCCUUACAGCUGGAACAUGAGCAUUUAAUUAAACUCAAUCAAAAGAAAGACAUGGAAAUAGCAGAACUCAAAAAGAAUAUUGAACAAAUGGAUACUGACCAUAAAGAAACAAAGGAUGUUUUGUCAUCUAGUUUAGAAGAGCAGAAGCAGUUGACACAACUUAUAAAUGAGAAAGAAAUUUUUAUUGAAAAGCUUAAAGAAAGAAGUUCAAAGUUGCAGGAGGAAUUGGAUAAAUAUUCUCAGGCCUUAAGAAAAAAUGAAAUUUUAAGACAGACCAUUGAGGAAAAGGACCGAAGUCUUGGAUCCAUGAAAGAGGAAAAUAAUCAUCUGCAAGAAGAAUUGGAACGACUCAGGGAACAGCAGAGUCGAACCGCACCUGUGGCUGACCCUAAAACCCUUGAUAGUGUUACUGAACUAGCAUCUGAGGUAUCUCAACUGAACACGAUCAAGGAACAUCUUGAAGAGGAAAUUAAACAUCAUCAAAAGAUAAUUGAAGAUCAAAACCAGAGUAAGAUGCAACUACUUCAGUCUUUACAAGAGCAAAAGAAGGAAAUGGAUGAGUUUAGAUACCAGCAUGAGCAAAUGAACGCCACACACACCCAGCUCUUUUUAGAGAAGGAUGAGGAAAUUAAGAGUUUGCAAAAAACAGUUGAACAAAUCAAAACCCAGUUGCAUGAAGAAAGACAGGACAUUCAAACAGAUAACUCUGAUAUUUUUCAAGAAACAAAAGUUCAGAGCCUUAAUAUAGAAAAUGGAAGUGAAAAGCAUGAUUUAUCUAAAGCUGAAACGGAAAGAUUAGUGAAAGGAAUAAAAGAGCGAGAACUGGAGAUUAAACUUCUAAAUGAAAAGAAUAUAUCUUUAACUAAACAGAUUGAUCAGUUGUCCAAAGAUGAAGUUGGUAAACUAACUCAGAUUAUUCAGCAGAAAGAUUUGGAGAUACAAGCUCUUCAUGCUAGAAUUUCUUCAACUUCCUAUACUCAAGAUGUUGUUUACCUUCAACAGCAACUGCAGGCUUAUGCUAUGGAAAGAGAAAAGGUAUUUGCUGUUUUGAAUGAGAAGACUAGGGAAAAUAGCCAUCUAAAAACAGAAUAUCACAAAAUGAUGGAUAUUGUUGCUGCCAAGGAAGCAGCUCUUAUCAAACUGCAAGAUGAAAAUAAAAAAUUGUCCACUAGAUUUGAAAGUAGUGGCCAAGAUAUGUUUAGAGAAACUAUUCAGAAUUUAUCACGUAUCAUUCGAGAAAAAGACAUCGAAAUAGAUGCACUAAGUCAGAAAUGUCAGACUUUAUUGGCAGUUUUACAAACAUCCAGCACUGGUAAUGAGGCUGGAGGUGUUAAUAGUAAUCAAUUUGAGGAGCUUCUACAGGAACGUGACAAGUUAAAACAGCAAGUAAAGAAAAUGGAAGAGUGGAAGCAGCAGGUGAUGACCACAGUACAAAAUAUGCAACACGAGUCAGCCCAGCUUCAGGAAGAGCUUCACCAACUUCAGGCACAGGUUUUGGUUGACAGUGAUAAUAAUUCUAAAUUACAAGUGGACUAUACUGGCCUGAUCCAAAGUUAUGAGCAGAAUGAAACCAAACUCAAAAAUUUUGGGCAGGAAUUAGCACAAGUUCAGCACAGCAUUGGGCAGCUUUGCAAUACCAAGGAUCUUCUUUUAGGAAAACUUGAUAUUAUUUCACCCCAGCUGUCUUCUGCAUCAUUGCUUACUCCCCAGUCUGCAGAGUCUCUUAGAGCAAGUAAGUCUGAAGUAUUGAGUGAAUCUUCUGAAUUGCUUCAGCAAGAGUUAGAAGAGCUAAGAAAAUCACUACAGGAAAAAGAUGCAACGAUUAGAACUCUCCAGGAAAAUAACCACAGAUUGUCUGAUUCGAUUGCUGCCACCUCCGAGCUAGAAAGAAUAGAACACGAACAAACCGAUUCAGAAAUCAAGCAGCUAAAGGAGAAACAAGAUGUUUUGCAAAAGUUACUUAAGGAAAAAGACCUCUUAAUCAAAGCCAAAAGUGAUCAACUACUUUCUUCCAAUGAAAAUUUCACUAACAAAGUAAAUGAAAACGAACUUUUGAGGCAGGCAGUAACAAACCUGAAGGAGAGAAUAUUAAUUCUAGAGAUGGACAUUGGCAAACUAAAAGGAGAAAAUGAAAAAAUAGUGGAAACAUCCAGGGGAAAGGAAACAGAAUAUCAAGCGUUACAAGAGACUAACAUGAAGUUUUCUAUGAUGCUGCGAGAAAAAGAGUUUGAGUGCCACUCAAUGAAGGAGAAGGCUCUUGCUUUUGAACAGCUAUUGAAAGAGAAAGAACAGGGCAAGACUGGAGAGUUAAAUCAGCUUUUAAAUGCAGUUAAAUCAAUGCAGGAGAAGACAGUUGUGUUUCAACAGGAGAGAGACCAAGUCAUGUUGGCCCUGAAACAAAAACAAAUGGAAAAUACUGCCCUACAGAAUGAGGUUCAACGUUUACGUGACAAAGAAUUUCGUUCAAACCAAGAGCUAGAGAGACUGCGUAAUCAUCUUUUAGAAUCAGAAGAUUCUUAUACCCGUGAAGCUUUGGCUGCAGAAGAUAGAGAGGCUAAACUAAGAAAGAAAGUCACAGUAUUGGAGGAAAAGCUAGUUUCAUCCUCUAAUGCAAUGGAAAAUGCAAGCCAUCAAGCCAGUGUGCAGGUAGAGUCAUUGCAAGAACAGUUGAAUGUAGUUUCCAAGCAAAGGGAUGAAACUGCGCUGCAGCUUUCUGUCUCUCAGGAACAAGUAAAGCAGUAUGCUCUGUCACUGGCCAACCUGCAGAUGGUACUAGAGCAUUUCCAACAAGAGGAAAAAGCUAUGUAUUCUGCUGAACUCGAAAAGCAAAAACAGCUUAUAGCUGAAUGGAAGAAAAAGGCAGAAAAUCUGGAAGGAAAAGUGAUAUCAUUACAGGAACGUUUGGAUGAAGCAAAUGCUGCAUUGGAUUCAGCAUCAAGACUUACAGAACAGUUAGAUGUAAAAGAAGAACAAAUUGAAGAACUUAAAAAACAAAAUGAGCUCCAACAAGAAAUGCUGGAUGAUGUACAAAAGAAAUUGAUGAACUUAGCAAACAGCUCAGAAGGAAAAGUAGACAAAGUCCUAAUGAGAAACCUCUUCAUCGGUCAUUUCCACACACCGAAAAAUCAGCGUCAUGAAGUGUUACGGUUAAUGGGGAGCAUCCUGGGCGUCAGAAGGGAGGAGAUGGAGCAGUUGUUUCAUGACGAUCAGGGCGGUGUUACCAGGUGGAUGACUGGGUGGCUUGGAGGAGGAUCAAAAAGUGUUCCCAACACACCUUUGAGACCAAAUCAGCAAUCUGUGGUUAAUAGUUCUUUUUCAGAACUUUUUGUUAAAUUUCUAGAAACAGAAUCUCAUCCAUCCGUUCCACCACCAAAGCUUUCUGUUCAUGAUAUGAAACCUCUGGAUUCACCAGGAAGAAGAAAAAGAGAUACAAAUGCACCAGAAAGUUUUAAAGAUACAGCAGAAUCCAGGUCUGGUAGAAGAACAGAUGUAAAUCCGUUUUUGGCUCCUCGCUCGGCAGCUGUACCUCUUAUUAACCCAGCUGGACUUGGACCUGGUGGGCCCGGGCAUCUUCUUCUGAAACCCAUCUCAGAUGUUUUGCCCACAUUUACACCUUUGCCAGCGUUACCUGACAACAGUGCUGGGGUUGUGCUGAAAGACCUUUUAAAGCAAUAGAUGAUUCUCAAGCCAGAGACAAUCUAGCACUUUAAAGAAACCAUGAACUCUAUAUGUAUGUACUUUAUCACAAAGUGGCCUUUGGGGAGAAAGUCAUGUAUUUGUUCGCAAUUAUGCUUUCUCUGAAUUUAAUAAAAAUAUUCCUAAUGCUUUUAGAAA